AGAACUAACACAGUCACUGACCUGGAGAAAAUGGGAGGUUUCUGUCAUGAAGGGUGUUCUGUGUAAAACCUGUACAAAAGCAUAUCUGUGGAUGAGAUGAUCUGCAGUAGUGACCACAAAAAGGUAUCCGCUGAAGGACAACGACAACUGAAUUACAAACUCUGGAUACUGAGGCUGAUGGCAUUGGGAAGAAGCAGUUACUGUGAGGGUCUGAUGGUUUCAUGACCAAUUUUCCAGAGGGUGAAGAUUUUGCAUGGGGGUCGUCCACCAUCUGCUGCUGAUAUCUUUGCUGCUGUAUCAUGUGGUGUAAAAGCAUUCACCUUGUUCACUGAGAGACUGGGCAGUGCUGAUGUGUGUAAGGUGUUAGUUUCAUCUUCAACCCCUCUGUAACAUGUGACCAGUGUACGUGACAGCAGUGUUAUAAAAAGGUGAGUUUCUGGAACAGGAGAGCGAGAGGCCAGUCGGUUCUUCUACAGAUAAAGAUCUCUGUACAAAGAUCUCCUCCUGUGAUCAUCUCACAUCUUCUACUGAACUCCAACAUCAAGUUCCAGCAGCUUGUGGACUUCAGGUAGAUUUCUGCUCUCCAUCAUCUGGUUCAAGCCUCACACAUUCUCCAUCACACACUCAUCUCACCCUCUUCCUCAUCACACACUCCUUAUUUCACUCAUCACAUUCCUCGUCUCACACUCUUCCUCAUCACACACUCCUCCACCGUGUGUCAGGAUGAAGCUUCUCGCUCUGGUGCUCCUGCUCUCCACUUUCUCCUCACUGACCCUGAUGGAGGUUGUGAAGGAUUUUCAAAAGUCUUCUUGUUCCAAGUUCUUCAUCCGAAGCCCAAAUGGUAAACAAAUCAUCACCCCGACUGUUUUCAAAGGCUAUCAGUAUAAGCAGAUUUGUCAGUGCCUGAACAACACAUACACAUUUGCUACGCUGUAUGACAUGAAGAAUAGGAUCCCCGUCUACUCAGCCUACACGUUCUCAGGGGAAAAACAGACAGAUCGGAACGAAGUGUGGAAAAAUGAACCACAGCUGGAAAACAUAAGCAAUGGUCCAGAAAUGAGGAAGAUCUCUGAUGAUGAGAUGGAUGGGUUUUUUCACCAGGCUGUGAACAGAGACUAUAUAGAGAGUGGCAAAUAUACUAAAAUGUAUUAUACUAGAGGUCAUGUGUUUCCAAAUCAAUAUGCUGCUGAUCGGAAUCAGGCAGACUCCACCUUCACAUUUACCAAUAUAGCACCACAAACACAACACAGCAAUGGAGAAUGGGCAACAGAAGUAGAGACACCGAUGAGGAAAGAGAUACAGAGAGUGUGCAAACAAAAUUAUGCAAACAAGACUUUUAUAGUGACUGGAGUAGUUCCAGGGAAUAAAUGGAUAUCCAUAACGAGAAAAGAUAAUAAUAAAGAUAAGAUAAUUGAUAAAGGCGUUAACAUUCCCAUUUUUUACUGGACUGCGUUCUGUUGUUACAUUAAUAAGGUCACAACAAUAUCGAGAGCCUACCUCGUUCGGCAAAACGAACCGAACCCCAAAUCUUAUGUAAUAUCUCGUUUGAGUGUUGAUAUCCUGAACGGACGCCUCAGCAGUCUGUAUAAACAGGAUUUCAAAGUAUUUGGUGAUUUGUGUUUGACUUGAGUACAGUCCGAGCUCGUUCCAUCUGAUUCUCUGGUUUGACCUAAAACUGCUUCAUCAAAUUACUUCAACAAAUGUUUAUAAUGAAUCAGAGAAUCUUUGGUGUGCUUUACUUCACCUGCAGAAACUGAUUAUAUUCCUGUAACAGAACGUCCUCAAGUGUUUUAUUCCUCUUAUCCAACAACAUUUUCAUACAUUAACACUUUUUCUGUGUUAAAGAAAGACACAUUUUAUGUUUCAUCUUUGUAGUUGUUUUGACUAUUUUUAAAUGAGUUGUGUUGUAGAAUUAGAAGGAAACAGACUGAUACCAAGCUGUUUGUUGUAUUUCUGUAUCAUUGGUACAUUUCUGUCUGUUAAAUCUCCUGCAGAUCUUUAAUAAAUCUUCAUUUCACCUGA